CCCGCUUUAAUGGGCCGAUCUGGCGCUACAGCUGCUUAACCACAUGAUCGGUUUCUUUUUCUUUCCUUGGUCGUCUCUUGCUGUGCGGAGCGGCGAUUCGCCAUGGAUGGCCUCGAGUUCUUCUUUGAGGAAGAAGAAUCUGGAUUGGUUCCUAGGCUAGAUGCGGGAGAUAUUUUGGGUGGUGGGAUAGAUGUUGUGGAGUCUGUGGUUGCUUCUAUCCAUGAAGCUCACGGCCCCUUGGCUGAUCUGAUAUGUUCUGAGCCCAUGGACAGCAGCGGCGACGAAGGGCAUGCUGGAGAUAUGGAAGAGGAUGUUGUCUUAUUCUGCAACUGAACAGAAGUGAGGUCGUUGGUGACUCAAACGACAUGCCCCCUGAUUGCGAGAAAGCUGCAUCUGUGAGAGAAGAUGGAGAUGCAGAUGGUGUCAUCGUCAACAAUUCAAAGGGCUCCUGCUGGAGUCGACGUAUUAGGAUUGGCAAGGCGUCAGAAGAAAGGGAUGCCAACCCAAGCAGAGUUCCUGCGCUUGAGGCUUCAAUGAGGGCUUACGCGGAGAACAAGGCUGAUAGUGUUGUCAAUCCGGCGGUCGGAACUAGCUUUAACACAGUUGAGGAAGCGUACGAGUUUUACAACCUAUACUCCCGGGAGACUGGCUUUGGCGUCAGGUAUGCCAAAAGCAGACUGAAUGUUCAUCGGACAAAGUGUAUGCAAGAGUUUGUGUGCGCAUGUGCGGGUAAGCCAUUGCAAUCCAACAGCUGAUCGACAAGGUCCGGGUGCGGUGCGUUGAUGUGGGUGCCUAGAUCUGAAGAUAAAGGAUGGUACAUAUGUGAACACAAAUCAGAGCACAACCAUGCACUCUUAGGUAAUUGUAUGGAGAAGCUACACUGGAAGUCUCACCGACACAUAGAUAGAUAUACCAGAGACUUGGUGAAACAGCUAGGAGAAAACAAUAUAAGCUUAAGCAAGGUUUACAGUGUAGUUGGCAGUUUUUUUGGAACGGUGAAGGAGGUGUCAUUCACAAAGAGAUCUCUAAAAACUCUAUGUGGAAAACUUAAUAAAGAGCAAUCGGAAAAUGAUGCCACGAAGACAAUACAGGUUUUCAACGCAAUGCAGGCUGAGGAUCCUGAGUUUAAAUACAGUGUACAACUUGAUCUUGAAGGUAGAGUUAAGACUUUGAUGUGGACAAUAGGAAGAAGCAUUGAGCAGUUUAAGUGCUUUGGCGACGCUGUCACAUUUGAUACCACAUAUGAGACAAAUCUAUAUGACAUGCCGUUCGGUCUUCUUGUUGGUGUCAACAAUCACUUCCAAAGCAUUUUUUUUGGUGGUGUGCUGAUGAGCGAUGAGAAAAUCGACACUUUCAGAUGGAUAUUUACAGAGUUCUUCCAUAUAAUAGGUGCUCCUCUGCCGCGCACUAUCCUCACGGUUUCAGAUCAAGCUCGUGCGAUGGAAGUUGCCAUAAAAGAUGUCAUGCCACAUACAGUGCAUCGACAGUGCAAAUGGCAUGUCCUGAAGAAAGCAAAAGAGAGCCUUGGAUCAUUGAUGGCCAAGGGCGCUGAGUUCAAACAAGAGUUCAACAAGAUGGUGCAUCACAUCGUUUGUGAGAAGGAAUUUGAGGAUGGCUGGGCGUGUAUGCUUGAUAAGCAUGGGUUGCAAAAAAAACACAUUUCUCACCCAGAUUUAUGAGACCAGGAUGAAACGGGCUAAACCUUACUUCAUGAAUUUUUUCUGUGCCAAGAUGACUAGCACGCAGCGGAGCGAGAGUGCAAACCAUUUGCUCAAAGGGUACGUGCCGUCAGGAUCCCCGAUGCACUUCUUUGUUAGGCAAUAUGAGAAGAUGCAAUUUGAUAGAGAUUCAGAGGAGAGUUACCAGGAGAAAAGAACCAAGCUGGGUGGUGUUGUGCUGGCUCAGAACCUCCCCAUCGAGAUUCAUGCAUCGAAAAUUUACACACGGGCUAUGUUUGAAAAUUUUGGCGAGAUGCUAUAUGAGGGUGGGUCAUAUGUUCUGGUCGAAGUUGUCCCUUGUCGUGAAUACAUAGCAAGGCAUGUAAAAAAAGAUUCCCGAGACAAGUGGUGCAAAAAUGAAUUCCUCGUCCAGGUCAACGAGCUUGCUGAUGAAUUGAAAUGCGAAUGCGGGAUGUUUGAGCAUUUUGGCAUGGUCUGUAGUCAUGCACUAAAGGUGAUGAUCCAGCUUGGUCUGCAAGAGGUUCCGGCAAAACAUGUGCUGAAGCGUUGGACAAGGGAUGCAAGGGAUAUACUGCCUCCAGAAUUUAUCCGUUCCCAGAAAGACCAAGGUCCUCUCAAGUACUCCUCGCGGCGACAUAACAAUCCGCAUCUACUUUGCCUUGAAAUUGUUAGACUUGGUGAUAGCAAUGUCGAUGCAUAUACUCUUGCCAUGGAGCAGCUAAGAAAUGCAAAGGCAUUGCUUGAACCGGUAGCCGAUGUACGUGAUGGCAUGGGAUUAUCCAACAGAGAAAUGGCGGGUGAUUCUGCAGGCUCGUCUAUAGCGCACAAACAACAAUCAGGUGCAGAGUGUCUCGCAAUGUUCAGACAGCUUUGGGGCACCAUCCAAGAAGAGACCAGCGGGGCGGCCUACAACAAGCCGCGACAAAGCGCCAUAUGAACAACCGGCUAAAAGGAGUCGGUUUUGUUCAAUCUGCCGUGGUCAGGGGCACAAGACCACUACAUGUCCGCAGCGCGGUGAUCUUCCGAAGGCGCCAAGGAAGUCGCCUCGCUGCUCCAGGUGCAGUCUGACAGGAAACAGGAGGAACACUUGCACCAACACGCCUUGGGCGGAUUUCUACGAGUGAUGUUGUUAUGUUUUUGUGGUUGAAGUGUAGCAGUUCAUUGAACUGUGCUUCUGUCGGAUGUUAGGCUGCUAGCAACUCUGCACUAUGAUAGUGAGAAUCUGUAUCUGUAGUUUGCUUGUUGUGUUCGAUAAUUGCUUGGGAACUCCGUGA